UUUUAAAUCAUGUCUGAUUUAAUUACAUUAUAGAAUACGACGUCGUUCGCACUAUGAUGGCUGCCAAGUCAGAGGUUGGACUUGAUAAGGAGCCCCAAAGUGGGAGCGGAAGCAGUGGAGAUCAUGCAUUGGGAGCAUCUCCGGAACCGAUAACUUUGCCGUCAAUGGACUUUGUUGGUUUCUUUCCUGAAGAAGUGACAGAUAUGAUUUUGUCACUUCUAUCGUCAAAUGAUCUGGAAAAUUGUAGCAGUGUGAGCCAGCUUUGGAGCAGCACAAUCAAACGUUUUCAGCAAGUACAAAUAUCGCGUUUGAAAUAUAAUUGGGAUAACGGAAAAUACUCUGUCCACUGUUUUCCCAUGAGUGACGAGCUUCUGUAUGCACAUUGUCAAAAUGUCCAAGUACUCCCUUCCAAUUACUCUUAUGACCAGUUCCUCCACUACCCUGCAUUUAUGCUCAAAAAAGGAACUUUAGGUCCAUUUUAUUUUUCCGUAGUUCGUAUUGAUGCAGAUUUGAGGAAGACAAUCAAUCUAUGUCAAUACUCUGGUUUCUUAGGGUGCAUAAAGCAAGUGUGGGUCAUGGGAGAAUCUGUGAUUUGGUUGAGUGUUAAUGAAUCAGUUGGAGCGUUACAUUACUACAAUGCUUCACUAUCGCCCAACACUGAAAUGAAAACUAUUGAUAGAUGGAACUAUUUCAAUCGAAAUUGCAUUUCCUUGAAAAUGGAUGGAAACUACAUAGCUGUUUCAAACAAUAACCGAUAUGUGAAAGCAUGGUGCAAACAGACUCUUGAACUAAAAUUAGAGCAGAGGUGCCGUGACAAUGCUUUACAGCAGAUCAGUUUAUUUGAUGGUAGUCUUGUUAUUUCGAACGCAAUCAGUAGUGAGCCUACUUCUGUAAUUGAAAUUCACAACAUGAAGAGUGAUUCCAACAAUAGGUCAACACUCAAACACACUUUCACUGUUGAUGGACAAGUUCAAAGCCUGCUUUUAAACAGGCAUUUCAUUUUUCUAAAUAUUAUAGUGGACAAUAAAUUCACACAACAAGUACGCAAUAAGCAGAGUUACUCUAUCAUCUAUUCUUGCAUGUAUAACUCUCCUGUACCUCAUGAAAUUCAAAGUGCAUAUGAUGAUUAUAUAGUGGUUCUCAGUGAUGACAAAUACAGAAUAUUGAAUCUAGUCACUAGAAAGAGGUCAUACAUUCCAUCCGACACCAAAAAACUGUGGACUGUGUUUGAUAAUAUUGCUGUGAUUCGCAAUCGGUCUGACAAAUUACUUCAAGUUUAUGACUGGGAAAGGAAUACCCAACUGCUUACUUUGGCAAUCCCUGAGCAAAUAAGUGACAAGUAUGUCGUUGCAAGUGUGACUGAGUCUAGAAUUGUAAUUGUUGAUACCUCUUCCAAUCAAGUAGUAGUAUUCAAGUUUGGGUAGGCUGAAGUGGACGAUAACUCUGGUACGAUGUUGAUUCUUUGAAUGUUAACAAUGAUUUAAGAAUCGGAAUUAGCCCAUGUUUGUUGUGGAAAAAUGAUAUUGGGAUCUUAUCCUUAUUUAAUUCUUGCUCUGAUCCUCGGUUUCAACAUUGUUCUUGCAAAAUUCAUGAAUUGUGUAUAAGGUUCCUGUAGCUACCAAAACAUACAUAUAUUAUGUUGUCAGGGAGGAUAUUCCUACUAUUAUUACAAAUGCAGUUAUUAAAAAAUAUCAAUCCUUUCUCAAAAAGUCAUUAUUCACAAUCUCUAACGGGGUUUCGCAUGAUUAUCGAUCAAAUUGUACACAUUCAUUGAAAUGAUAAAGAAUGAAACAAUUAAUCUAAAUAGAAGCAAAUUAGUAUUUCUCAACCCAAUUAAGACUUUCGAUUAUAGGUGAUUAGGGAGUUGGACAUUUUGUACUAUCCAAAUAGUUCAAUAAUUAUCGAAUCAAAGCAAAUCAAUUCAUCUUGCAUCAAUUCUCAAUUGAAGCACUGUGUUGUCCUGUUGUGAAUAUUAUCCAUUGAUAACAUAUCCAUUUAAAAUGAAUAAUAAUCUCCAAAAUCUCUUCACGAUCCAGUUUUGAACCCGACUAGAGUUGUAGUUUCUAUCAUAUCACCGAAUCACACCCCUCAACUACCCAAGAGCAUCAAUAUUGUGUGAACAUCACUCCAAUAAAAUGAUUAAUAUCUCCACAAUAAUUGUAAAAAAUGCCUUUUUCAUUGCGUUCAUUACGGUUCUACAUAAGUUCUGCCUGCUGAGAGAUAAUUAGCUUUGUUGUUUCUUUUUUGACAGAAUAACUUUGGAGUCAAUGGAUUUCGUUGGUUUCUUUCCUGAAGAAGUGACAGAUAUGAUUUUGUCACUUCUAUCGGCAAAUGAUCGGGAAAAGUGUAGCAGUGUGAGCCAGCUUUGGAGCAGCACAAUCAAACGUUUUCAGCAAGGACAAAUUUCGCGUUUGAAAUACAAUUGGGAAAACGGAAGAUACUCUGUCCAUUGUUUUCCCAUAAGUGAUGAGUUUUCAUAUUUAUAUGUUUUUGGCGUCGAAGAAAUCGCAUCCAAUUACUCUUAUGACCAGUGCCCCUACUUCUCUGCAUAUGCGACCAAAAACGGAGUUAGACGUCCAAUUUAUUUUUCUGUAGUUCAUAUUGAUGCAGAGUUGAGGAAGACAACCAAUCAUUGUCAAUACACUGGUUUUUUCGGUCGCGUAAAGGAAGUGUGUGUCUGGGGAGGCUCUAUAAUUUGGACUUGUGCUCAUGAAUCUUUGGGAGCAUUACAUUACUACAAUGCCACUCUAACUCCUGACACUGAAAUGAAAACUAUUGAUGAAUGGAACUUUUCUAAUCCGUAUGACAUUUGGAAUACCAUUUCCCUGAAAAUGGAUAGAAACUUCAUAGCUGUUUCAAACAAUCAGCAAUAUGUUAAAGCUUGGUGUAAACACACUCUAGAACUAAAAUUGGAGCAGAAGUGCCGUGACGGUGCUUUACAGCAGAUCAGUUUAUUUGAUGGUUGUCUGGUCAUCUCGAACACAUUCAAAACUGAGCCUUAUUCUGUCAUUGAAAUUCACAACUUGAAAAGUAAUUCAAACAAUGGGUCCACACUCGAACACACUUUCACUGUUGAUGGAAAAGUUCAAAACUUACAUUCAAACAAGCACUUCAUUGUUCUUGAUAUUAUUUUGUGCUCCAAAACCAUCCAAGUAUUCAAUAAACAGAGUUACUCCAUCAUCUAUUCUUACGAUUAUGACUCAAUUUCAUGUUGUCGAUUUCAAAGUGCACAUGAUGAUUAUAUAGUUGUUCUCAAUGAUGACAAAUAUCCUAGAAUAUUGAAUCCAGCUACUAGAAAGUGGUCAGACAUCCCAUCUUAUGCCUUGUGGACUGUGGACCAUCUUAUCAAACUGUGGACUGUGUUUGACAAUAUUGCUGUGAUUCGCAAUCUGUCUGAUAAAACACUUCAAGUGUUUGACUGGGAAAGGAAUACCCAACUGCUUACUCUGGUAAUCCCUGAGCAAAUAAGUGACAAGUAUGUCGUUGCCAGUGUGACUGAGAUGAGAAUCGUAAUUGUUGAUACCUUUUCCAAUCAAGUAGUAGUAUUCAAGUUUGGGUAGGCUGGAGUGGAUAUGGAGAGUUCAACUCUGGUAUGAUGUUGAUUCUGUAAAUGUUAACGAUGAGAAUCAAAAUUAGCCUAUGUCUGUUAUGAGAAAUUAUUAUCUUUCCUUUAUUACAUUGCUCUGACCCUUUAAUUUAAUAUUGUUCUUGCUAGAUUCACUUUUGUGUGUUGUUGUUUCAGUGAAUGUUAACUGAUUUAUGAUUCAUAAUAAUGUAUUUUAUCAACUUGAAGUUUUCUCGUCAUUAAUUGCUCUGAUUGUAGGAUUGGGCGUUGUUCUGGAGUCAUUUGUACAUGAUUUAUAUUUAUAGUCUAAUUCUCCCAAGAAUGAAAUCCAAAUGUGUUAGGCUGGCCAGUAACGGCAGUACAUGCAUGCACAUACACAUGUUCAUAAUGCAUGUUCUGUCAUCAGCGAGAGGCUUCUAACAUAAAAUAAACAACCAAUAAAUGUAUAAACCACUGAAAAAUUACAAAUUUUAUUUAUAAAAAUAAUUCAACUUCAAAUUGAGUAGCGAAGAAAAAAUAAACAACAAAAAUCAGAGAUACAAAAACCUAACUUCAAAAAAUUUUGUUCGAAAUCUUCACCUGUGAUGAAUGACACAACAUGGUAUUGUGCAUGUUCAUCAUGCAGUUCCUGUCUCGUUUGUGGCCACCCUAACAAAGUAGAAAGAAUUUGUGAAAUAUUGUCUUCCAAUAUAGGAUUUUAGGUAUUUUUUUUACUAGUAGUGGGCCUACUACUUCAAACUUUCUGAAUGUCUUAUAUAAUGGAAUAAUAAUUUGAUCUGUGCUACUUUAGUGGCUGUAUAUCUGUAUUGAAUGGUUUGUCAACUAUGGUUUUAUUUUCUCAUACACUUCUCUUCUUCAUGAGAUGUGUAGGGUUAUUGAUUAAUGUGCUUUUCUCCAUCAAAAAGUAGCUUAUCUUAGAUCACAACAACUCCUGUUCUUGAAAAAUGAGCAAAUUCUUAUUCGAAAUCUCGUUAGUCAUAAUUUGAUGCUUUCCUGCUGGUUUGUUACUCUUCCACUACGUUUCUAUCCAGAUUACCUCUCAUUUUCAUGAAAUGGAUAGACUGUUGUCAUUUUUUGUUGUGUAAAGUUUUUAGGGGUAGACAUUCUGAACUGAAAGCCUGUUAUUUCCAUACAUAUAUUGUAAGAAUUUGUGAGUUACAAUAUUAUCAAUUUAAAAAUACUCAAUCAUUAUUGGAAUGCUUCAUUAUUAUUUCUUAAUCUUUUGAAAUGCUUCAAAUUAUUCUCUUGAAGUAUUGUAUAGUCAUCUUGUGCUACAUACAGCUUGAAGUCAUCUCCAUUCAAAAACAAUAAUUAUGAUAUUCAAAAUCUCAUCCAAAUACUCUGGUCUGGAACUAGAUUAAAACUGUAGCUUGUCUCGUCUCACAGAAUUGCUUCAUUACCUAACCUCAAGCCUUGAUCUUUAGUGCACAUUACUUCAAUAACACUCCUUGCACUGCCUUUCCUAUUAAAUCAUAAUAUUUGUAUCUACCUACAUCAGUUUUCUGACAUAAUUAUAUUUUUUUGACAGGAUUACUUUGGAGACAAUGGACUUUGUAGCUUCCUUUCCAGAAGAAUUGACAGAUAUGAUCUUGUCACAUCUAACAGCAAGUGAUCUGGAAUAUUGUAGCGGUGUUAGUCAGAUAUGGAGUAAGGCAAUCAAAAUUUUCAAACAGAGGCAAUAUGCACGGCUAAAAUAUAAUUGGGAGAAUGGAAUAUACUCUGUCCAUCGUUUGUCAAUCAGUGAUGAUUUUGAGUGUGCCCAGGUUCCUACUAUAGAAUUACUUCCGUCAAAUUUUAAUCAUGACCAGUGCCUCUACUACCCUGUAUUUAUGGCCAAAAAAGGAACUCAAAGCCCAUUACAUUUUUGUGUGAUUCGUAUUGAUGCAGAGUUAAGAAAAACGAUAGAUUUUUUAUUCGAAAUUUGUCCCCCAUACUACAUAGAGAAUGUUUGUGUCAUGGGAGGCUGUCUUAUUUGGCUGGAAUCUUUCGGAACUGUGAAAUACUAUAAUGCCACCCUGGGGUCGAAUAGUAAGGUUGAAACUUUUGAAAAAGAUAAUCAUGCCAUUCCAAAUGACAGUUCUCUCACAACGGAUAGAGACCACAUUGUCGUAUCCAACUAUAGGACUAAUUACCUCAAAGUUUGGUGCAAACAGUCACAUAAACCAAUAUUGGAAUCCAAGUGCAAUAAAUCCUCUGUACAAAAGAUAAGUUUAUGCAAUGGUUGUCUAAUCAUCUCGAAUUCAUUUAAAGCUGGAAUAAAAUCUGCAAUUGAAAUUCACAACUUGACAAAUGAUGCAAACAAUACACUCAAACACACUUUUACUCUUGCUUGCCGAGUGCAGAAUCUGCAUUCAAACGAGCGCUUCAUUUUUCUCAAUAUUGAAAUGCACCAUAACUACAUCCAAGUACACGAUAAACAGAGUUAUGCAAUCGUCUACUCUCAUAAGUAUGAUUCAUCCAAGCCUUGUACAAUACAUUAUGCCUAUGAUGAUUUCAUUUUUGUAAAAGAAUUUCUGAAAAACAGUUAUAGAAUUUUGACUCUUGCUUCAGGAGAAUGGCUUACAGUUUCAUCUUUGACGAAAAGAUUGUACACUGUGUUUGAGAAUAUUUCUGUUAAUUGCCCUCCAUUUGACAAUACACUACAUGUUUUGGACUGGAAACGAGAUGCUGAACUGUUCACUUUGGCUAUUCCCGAGCCAAAUAAAUGUGAUUUUUCGUUCUCAAGUACGCAUGAUGUUGUUAGUGUGAGUGAGUUUAGAAUUGUAGUUUUUGAUUUGCUGUCUGAUAAAUUCAUUGUUUAUAAGUUUGGGUAGAAGCAAUUGGGAUAAAAUCACUCCAGUCAUCAUACCAACUUGAUUAAUGUCCUUAUUUUUUAUUUAUUGCCCUGAUUGCUGAAUUAAGGUUGUUCAUAACUUCCUCACACCUGCGGGCUACAUAAAAUAGUAGGCUCAUGCAUAGAUCUCACAAUCUAUUUUUGUACUACUAUUUUAUUUAUCUAUUUAGAGCUAGGGUUGUUAGUAUUUGUUAGUGUGGAUUGUAUAGUGUAUGAUUGUAAUGUGUGAAGGAGGCAAAAUGGGUUUUUACCUGUUGCCUCCAUGAAUAAAAUUAUUAUUAUUAUUAUUAUUAUUAUUAUUAGAGCUAGAUUGGAUUCUUUAAAUUUAAUGUUCGGUACUUGUAUUUUUUAAAAUUUAUUUUGUAUUUUCCAAAUUAUUUUGUACUUCGAUUUUCAAAUGUAAAUUUGAGACUGAAUAUGACUGCUCCAUAAUAUUAUUAACAUUGUUGGUGUCUUAACCUCUCAUUUAAUCCUUGAUUGGAAUGGGGCCCCGCAUUAUUGUAAUUAUUGAAAAAGGAGGUAGAACACACUAUUUGAGAAAAUUUAAAGUAGUAUAUUUUCUACCAUAGGUAGGUAGGCCUACAGAACAGUAUCUAAAUAAUAAGAUAUUAGGGAGGAUAAGAUUUAAGAAGUAUUUAUACCAUUUUUUGUCCUAUUCAUUAAUUUUGACUCUUUGAAAAGGCCUUAGUGCGGUUGUGUCAAUGGAAAAAUAGAAAUGGUACCAAGAGUUUGAUUUUACAAUAUCAUAUGAUUUAUUAUAAAAUAUAUAAAUAUAGAAAUAAGUAAUUAACUAUUAUGUACAAAAAUAAUUUAUUGUUGAUUACUGUUCAGAUUGAAUAGUCCAUUGUACUAGUAGUCCAUAUAAUCUAGUUUAUUAAAAUGUAGUAAUAGUCCAUAUUUGUGGUGCUUUUUUAAAAAUGGACAGACAAUUUAUUAAUAUACCUGAUGGUGAUAGUGCUUGAUAUAAUGUUUGUAUUGUAAGGUAAUAAUAUGUUUUACUAAUGUGAUAUCUUGUAAAAAAAAUGUUGUACACAAAUAUUAAGAAUUUGUUUUAUGAAGAUAACACGCUUUUGUCGAUAAUAAAAAGUUGUUCAUGAGGGAUGUGAGGAAGGAAAAAGAAUGUCACUAUUUUUCAAAAACUUGAUUUUAACAUAAUCUUGUAGCCAUUUAUGAAAGCCAAUCUAAUAAUGAAAAACUUGAAAAUUCCUCAUUCCUGAUUUUAUAUUCACGAAGACUAUUGCUUAAAAACAGAAGGCGAAAUCUAUGUUAAUUCUACUCGAAUUUUAUGUAUUGUCUAUGAAUAAAUGAACUUGACUAAUUCUGUAAUUCACCAUGUAAUUCCAUACUUAUUUUAAUAAGACCAUUAUUAAAUCAUGAAAAAUGUUCUCUUUCUCUCAAUCAAAACCGAAUAUUGUAAUAUUCAAUUUUAUUUCAUCAGAAUUCACUGUGAAAUUUCCUAUUACACUACAGUGACAACCAUUAUUGAAGUUUUGAUUCGAAAGUAGAAUGUUGAGUUUAGUAUUGUGAUUCUAAAUAAUCUGUAACUAAUUUUUUUAAGAAUAUUCAAUUCCAUUGAAUAUGAGAAACUGAUUUUUGUGUUUAGUAUUGAAAAUGAGCAACUGGCUUUUUGUGUUUAAUAUUGAAUAAGUUUAAUUUUCUAUUGAUUUGUUGUAUUAUCUUAGUUUUUUUCUUGUAACAUGUGCAUAGUAGAAAGGAAAUAAUGUAAUUAUUUCACUGGUGCCAUUUUAGUAGGCCUGCUAUAUUAUGGUGCUUUGUAUAGCUAUUGGUUCAUCGCCUAUCUUUAAGUUUGAUAUUUAUUCUUAUAAAUAAAAUAAAAAUAAAAAUUGUUUUCAAUUCACUGAA